AUGAAAUGGCCACCACCGUCUUCCGAUGACAAUUCCGGUCGAAUACGCCGAUUCACUGAGUGUGUGCGAUCUGGGGAACUGUUCACAGCGGAGGUGCUUCUCUCCCCGGAGGUGCUCUUCCCCACGGUAGUGCUCACUUCGGGAACCCUGGCAGCGAUAUACUUCUACAGUCACUAUGUCCGCCGGAUACCCAUGACUUCGGAAAUCUAUCCCUCGUUCUUCCGGCGGAGGUCGUUGUUUGGGACUGUCACGAGCGUUGGGGACGGGGACAAUUUCCGGCUUUUUCACACGCCUGGUGGGAGGUUGAUGGGAUGGGGGUGGAUGCCGGGUCGGAAGGUCCCAACGGUUAAGAAGGGCCUCAGGGAUGUCACUGUGAUCCACCCGCUUCGGUAGAUCUGGAAAGCCAGAGGGGCUAAUCGGUGUUUUACAGCUCCACGUCCGCCUAGCGGGCAUUGAUGCCCCCGAAUGCGCACAUUUUGGAAAAACCGCCCAACCGGGAUCCUCUGAAGCCCUGGCAUGGCUGCGAAACUACAUACUGAGCCAUAGGGUACGAGCAUACAUAUACCGACGGGACCAGUACGAGCGGGUGGUCGCUUCUGUCAAGGUGCGCAAGGGACUGUUCCGGAGGGAUGUCGGGCUGGAGAUGUUGAAAGCGGGCAUGGCGACGGUUUACGAAUCUAAGAUGGGUGCGGAGUUUGGGAGUCUCGAGAAGAGGUAUAGGGAGGCGGAAGCGGUGGCCAGGAGACAGAGGAUUGGGAUUUGGGCGCUUAGCAAGAAGCAGUUCAUUAGUCCUGGGGCUUACAAGAAGGGACUGAGGGAGAGGGGGUUGUGA